AUGAAUGUCUCUCCUGUGGCCCCCACCCUCCUCUAUGAACUGGAGUAUCCGUCUGAUUGUGCUCUUUCAAAAGCUUCAUCAACCGUUUUCAGCAUUUUACUACGACCCAACCAGUUCAAAACCUUUGGUGUGUUAAACGGCACUGUUCAUUUCUGUGAUCAAACCCAAAGACAACCAGCAGCAGCAGCAGCAGCAGCAACAGCCUUAGACAGACCCUCACACAUGCAGACAGUAGCUGACAGCCACUUCAAUUCAGAGGAAACUAGCAACAUAACAUAUCAGGGUGGGUGGGUGGGUGGGCCGUGCACUGUUGACCGUGUGAAAUACAUAGUGAUUGGUUUACAUUUAGAAAAUCUGGAGCUGUUUUUUUUUUUUUUUUUUUUAAUUAUUGUUUCUGGAUGUCUUUGUGGGUCACAUGAGACUGGAUGGUUGUUUUUAUGGGCUGGUUUUCAGUUUGUCUCUGUUGUGUGUUUGUAA